AUGGAAUCUCCCUUUUUCGACGGCGCAGAGCCGCAACUCCGCAAAACCGCAAGCUUUCAAGGACGUCUGCAUCUGCAGGAAUUCAUGUUCAAACCCACAUCCUCAGAGGCGUCACCGACCUCACAAACACCGUCUCCGUUGCCACUCCGGCGCAGCCCCCGAAAGUUAACCCCACUCGGUCCUCUCGCUUCUCCGGACCGAGUCACCAAGACACGCAGCACCACCGCGGCGAAACCCAACACAUCCCUGAAACUGUCAGCGUCUGCGUCACCAUCCGGCGAUGAUUCAGCCACUGGCUCAAAGAACAAGUCAAAACCGAAACGCAAACGCCAAGCAUCGGGCUACGCUCCUCCUUCAACCUACGCCCACCUUCCUCCUUUGCAAGACAUCCUUGCCCCGAACCUCCUGAUUCUCUUUGUCGGACUUAACCCGGGGCUGCAAACUGCGCGUGCUGGCCACGCCUACGCACACCCUUCCAACCUCUUUUGGAAGCUGCUCUACUCGUCAGGAAUCACCACCCGCCUGUGCUCUCCGACGGAAGACCGCGAGCUACCACGGCUGUAUGCUCUUGGGAACACUAACAUCGUCUCCCGGCCCAGCCGUAACGGCUCGGAACUAAGCAAGGCAGAGAUGGAUGACGGCGUUGAGAUUCUCGAGGAAAAGGUGAGGGGUUGUCGGCCUGAGACCGUUUGCAUCGUUGGUAAGAGUAUCUGGGAGAGUAUCUGGCGAGUGAGACAUGGGAGGGCGAUCAAGAAAGAAGAGUUCCGAUAUGGGUGGCAGGACGAGGAAGAGAAUAUGGGGGUUAUCAAAGUAGCUAACGGGGAAGAAGGAUGGGCUGGUGCUAAAGUGUUUGUUGCUACGAGCACAAGCGGGCUCGCUGCCACACUCCGCCCCGCGGAGAAGGAGAAGAUUUGGCGUGAGCUGGGAGAGUGGUGUGAAAUGCGUAGAGUCGAGAGGAACGUCACCGUGUAG